ACCACCAAAACCGAACAAAAUGUAUACCUUCAAUAUGGGGAGCCUUCUUGCCAAGGGGAAUGACGAUUCGAAGGUCACCGUGGCCUGUUACUUGCGUGUCCAACUUCCAUCAAAUCUCUCAGCUGCAAACAUGACUGUGAAGGGGACCCUGGGAAACCACAUCGUGACGACUGUCAUUGCACUUUCAAAAUCAUCCGACGUUUAUCUUGGACAUCCACUUACAAACGACGAUAUUUCGUUGUCACUUGUGGGACCGGAUGUUAUCGAAAUGAUGCCCAAUGAACAGGAGAAUCUCAGAUUGCGUUUCUGCACCAAACCCGGGACGUACCUCAACGACUUGCAAUUCGAGGCCUUCUCUGAAGAUGAUACUUACGAAGAGGAAGUUCUCACGGUGAAUCACCUAUCGUACAGUGCUUCUGCAAACUACCCGGGCCUGCAGUAUGCAACACAGGAGAUCACAUUUGACAGACGGAAGCCGAGAGUU